UCCGAGGCACCGCCCCUCGCGCCGACGCCACGCCCCCGAGAAGAGGCCCGCCGACUCGCCCUCCCAUGGGGGCCUCGAGUCCAACCAAGGCUCGCUCAGGCACAGCAAGAAGAAAAGCGGGACGCCAGGAACUCCGGAGCGCACCCCGGAGAGGCGGAACAAGCUAAGGACGCACCCAAUCGCGAAGAAGCUCUACAGCAACGUCCUGCGCAAGUAUGACGGCUCGCCCUCGAGCUCCAGCGAGACCAUGUCCAUACGUCACGACGAGGCGGAUCCGCCCCCCUGUGCCAGCCCCGACCUGGGCGUAUCCCUCUCCGUCCCGACCACGCCCUACUCGCAGCAUCGCAAGGCGGACCCAGCCCCCGCCCCCACCCCUGUGCCUCCCGCGUCAACGCCCCUCGCCCCGCCCACGGCUCCGCCCUCCGCCCACUCUGUAAAUAUUGUCAAGUACCCGGAGGAGGCACCGUGGCAGGAAGGCAAACAGCCCGUCAAACAGAACCAGCUGUCGAGCCCGACGACCUCCUCGAAAUCGACGAAAGUCGCGGACCAAAAACCGGGCGACAAGGGCUCCCUGACGCGGCGGACGCUGAAGAUCCUGCCGCGGCAGCGGUUCUUCUCGCUGGAGCGGAACACCAACUACAUCAACAAGGACCGGCCCGGGAGCGGGAGCGGUUCGCCGGGCGCCUUCAAGCGCUCCCCGUUCCGCUCCAAGUCGGACCGGAGCUCGACGUACAACUCGCCGACGCUCGCGCCGCGGACCCCCGAGCGGAACAUCAUCUCCGAGCUCCGCCGCAGCUCCGAGAUCUUCCGGAGCAUCCUCAUGAACCUCUCGACCAAGGAGCCCGAGUCCCACGCCGAUCGGGAUUCCCGCAGCUCCAAGUCGUCCCUGUCCGAGCCCAGCGUCAACAUCACCGAGCUCUUGGAGUCGCACGAACAGAAGAGGUUGACAACGUACCAGAAAGAGCGAGCGAAAUCUUCAGCCUCCUCCUCGCCGUCGACCUCUCGGUCCUCCUCCUGUUCGCUGACGACCUCCUACUCCUCCAACACCCACCUCUCGGCCGGCCACUCCCGCUCCGACUCGGACAUCCUCCCCUUCCCGCCGGAGGGCUCCCCCCUCGGGGGAGCGACCCCCGCCGAGCCCUUCCUCAAGCUCAACUCGGCCCUGCCGGCGGACAAAGUGGCCCACAUGGCCGAGCUCUACACCCGCCAGUACCUCUUCACCCUCCCCGCCUUAUUUCUCGCCGUCGUCAAGGGCAACGCCACGCUCGUCUACCUCCUCCUCAAGUACGGCGCAUCCGUCAAUUUUCAGGAUAACUACGGGAACACGGCGCUGCACCUGGCCGUGUGCCAGCAAUGCAUCCCGUGGGAAUGCGUGUUGGAUCUGGUGGAACACGGGGCCCAAGUCUCCGUGCGGAACAAACAGGGAGUCCGCCCGGUGGACCUGGCUCCCGAGCCCGUCCUCACCCACCUCCAGUGCCGCAUCCUCGACACCUGUUGGAGCUACCUCUCCACCCCCGAGGACCCACCUCCACCGCCAAACCAUUGGAGUGGAACGAAUGCUCACUCGCAGCGGAUAUUAAAGAAAUUCCGCGGUAAUCGAACUGAGUCCGUCGAAGAAACCAGUUGUGCCUCCAUCGACCCAUAUUCGGCCGGCUCGGUCAGUCCUGACCCAAUCACGAACAACAAGGAAUCGGGAGAAAGUUCCAAAGCAAGACUGAAUCGCAGGAAAAAAGCGAAAUCAAUUCUUAAGGACACAUUAGAAGAAAGCAGCACAGUUACCUCUAAACAACAAAACAAAUCGUUUACGUUCGAAUUGAAGGUGGAGCGUGGGUUCACGUUGCUGCUCCAGAUGUCCAACAACCCGGAAGCGCUGGGGUUCAUCCUCCGCGGGCUGCUCAGCUACAUGUCCACCAUCCUGAGGCUUCUCCAGAGGCAGAACGGCGCCGAACUCCACCGCUUCAUGGCUGCUCUCGUCCAUAACUUGCUCAAGACGGCGGUGGCGAUGCAAGACCUGCCGGAGGAGCCGCGGGCGCCCGAGCUGAGCCUGGACGUGGGCGAGGCGACCUCCUCGGGGCCGCGGACGGCGGAGGCGGAGGAGGCGGAAGAGACGGAGGGCUCGCGGGGCUGGAGGCGGAAGGAGCUGGCGGCGGCGUUGUGCCUCGUGCUCCGCGUGUGCCUGUCGCUCAUCCAGGGGGCCCACGACCUCCAGUACACGGCCAUGAUCACCAUCAACAAGGUCCUCGACGUCUGCAUCGUCCACUCGCUCACCCACGUCAAGGUCCGCACCGCUUCAGCCCUCCUCCACCCCUGCCUAGAGACAACGAAACAAGCGACAUCGCAGGACCUGCCGCGGAACAACAAGAACCACUUCACGUGCCUGAGCACGAAGGCUGUGAAAACCGGGGCGAAACGGCUCGGCUCCGUCUGGAAGUACGCCGCUGGGGAACACCACGGCACUCAGCAUCCCUCGGGGGCCCCCUCCGAGGAUCGAGAGGAAAGCGUCAUCGACGUUCUGUCAAACGAGCACGCUCUGUCGGUGCUGAACAUUCUGCAUAAUUCGCUGACGCUCUACAAGCGGGUGAUCGGCAGCAAACAGCAGUGCACGCCCAGCCAAAGAUGGCGACACUGUAAUUACCAUUGUUUGCAACUGUUGUCCGCCCGAGCACUGCUCUUUAUGGUCGGAAGCCUUACCGUACAAACGACCUUGGUUCAAGAACCUCAGCUCAAAAUUCUUGCCUCUGCCUUGGACUCAACCAACGACCCUCAACUCCUGGUGCUGGUGCUGCAGAUCGCCUCGACUCUGGCGAUGGAGCCGGGGCACCACUGGCAGCUGACGGAGCAGGGGCUCCCGGACGUGCUGAGCCAGCUGCUCCUGCCCUCGGACGAGUGGUACUACACCAACCACAGCACCAAGUACGCCCGAUACGUCAAGCACCACGCUGCACGUGCCUUAGUAUAUUUAGGAUUUCAACACAGAGUCAAUUUGCGCUUCUCCGUCUACGAUAUAUUUCAGGAGGACGCUCCACCUCACACACCGUUAACCGAAGCGGCCGAGGACAGUUACAUUACACUGACCUCGGCGCCCACCUACGUCAUUUCUCACCCCAAAACGAAAACUAUACUCGGUCUUUCACUCGAAAAUGCGAUCAUACAUGCCUUAAAAUCCGUAGAGGCUAUUUUAGGUCAGAAUAAAGGCAUCAUUGCCGGAAGUGAACCUUACAUGGCAUGUUGGAUGCUCAGUGGUACCUCAUAUCGACAUAUCAAUAAAAGUGUGAUGGCGUCGCGGCGGGCGUCGGCGUGCGACGCGGGUAGCGUGGAGUUCGCGGCGCUGUGGCUGGCUUUCUUCCCAUGCGUGCUCCACCCGGUCAUCAUGCUCCGGCUCUUCCUCCACCGGGUCCUCACCACCCUCCCGUGCCUCCCCCGCUGGAAGUCCUGCGCCUCCCGCUCCUCCUUCGCCUCGGACGCCCCCAAGAGCCCCCGCUCACGCGCCUCCUCCACCGACACGGACGCCAGCACGCUCAGGAAACGAAGGAAAGUGAACCUGACGCUGAACUGCGGAGGCUGGACGUCGGACUCGACGGAGGACCCUCCCCCCGGGCCGGGGACGGCGAAGCGCGGGGCGCCCUCGAUGGCCCACUCUCUCCUGGAGCGGGCGUCGGUGUCGUCGGCCUGCGGCCUGGCCCUGGAGCCGCUCCACUCGGCCGCCUCGAAGGAGUCCCUCCGGAGCGACAGCAGCGAGGGGAAGCGGAGCUCCGCCGGUAACGUCCUCUCCCUCGCCGCCCAAGACAGUCAGGAGAGGGCCGCGAUUCAGAGGUCCAAACAGAGAUCCCUGUCCGUUGACAGCGAUACGGUCAUACCAUCUCCGGUCAAGCACUCACUACCUGGAUUUGUACCGUUGCCUUCAAUUAGUGUUCAUUUACAUCAUAAGCCUAGGAGAUCUUCUUUUCGAUUCUCAAGUCUUCGACAUAGUAAUAAACAAAGGUCUAAAUCACAUGCUAAUAUUAAGGUGCUGCACAAUCAAGAGACGGCCGGGAAGGAGACGCCAGAGCAGGAGAUCCUGGCGUUCCAGAAGCAGCUGCAGAAUCUCCCGGACUUCGACUCGCCGGAACACCCGACGCGGGGCAUCAUCCAGGACCCCAUCGCCGCCGCCGCCGAGUUCCUCGCCAACCGCGGACUCCGACCUCGCUCCCGCUCCAUGCCCCGCGUCUCCUACGAGAGCUCCAGGUUCCUCACCCUACCUGAGGUACCGUGGCCUUCGCUGGGGAACUCGAUCUACCUGCCGCGCGGGCGUUCGGCGGGGGCGCUGGGGGGCCCGCUGGACCACGGGGAGCUGGUGCACAGCAUGGCGACGACGCCGGCCGAGGAGAAGAAGUUCCCGGCGGUGACGGUGCCCGUAGCGGCCACGGGGCCCGGCCCCAACAGCCGCCGCAGCUCCCUCUCCCCCUCGGACCGCAUCGCCCGCCGCAGGGACAGCCCCGCCUGCAUCGCCCUCGAGAUCCCUGUCUGGCACCGAUCCAUAUUCACCUUCAUCGAGGAAUGGCUGCAAAUGUCGCAAGUGGAGAUGGAGCAUUUCACACUUUUGGCCCGGGAGUUGCGGGACUUCCUCAACAAGAUCUCAACUUGUGGAUCCUCCUAUUCCCAAUGGUGUGCAGAGCUUCGUCAGCAAUUUCCCGCCCUGAAUCGAGAUCCCGACGUGAGGAAUGCGGAUGAUCUAGAUGAGACUGACAAGGAAUACUAUCAGCUGCUUCAGCACGUUGUCGGGGGCGAACUCCCGUGCAGCAAGGAAGAAGCAGCAGCCUUAGCGGGGAUUCAACUUCGCAUCGAGGAGUCCUGGGGCCCCCCCGCCGUCCACAUUCCCAUAUCCCCUGAUGACCCCUCGGGUACCCUCAAACCCAUCGCCGAAGACAAGGAAUCCUUCCUGUUGGAGGUGCCGACGUUCGGUCCGGACAGCUUCUCGCGGCCGAUCUCGCUGCUGGUGGAGUACCCGGAGCGGGAGGAGGAUGUCCUCAGCGGCUCGACGAUCAAGGUGCCGACGCCGGCGGGGGCGGGGGCGGUGGGCGCCAAGCCGAGCGCCUCCCCGCAGAUCCGCGCCCUCUCCAACAGCCUCUUCAAGACCUGCUACUCCGGCAGCAACAACCAGCAGCCCCUCCUCCCCUCCGCCCGCCUCGAGGACUGCCUCCCGCCCUGCUACCACGGCGCCAAGACCAUGGCCAAGCUCAUCAAGGAGCAAAAGAGGAAGUUAUUUCACACGUCCGUCUACGAAUCUGAGCUUCAACUUAAAAAGCUCUACAUUCAAACCUGCAAGCGGCUCCCUGCGUUCGGCUGUAAAAUCUAUCAAGUGAAAGAACUUUUGAGAGGAAAGACAAAGAAAAAAACAGCCAGACUUCUGGGGCUUGGACCCGAACGCAUCGUCCUACUAGAUAAUAAAACUAAAAUACUAGUCAAAUCUCAAAACACAGCUGAUCUCUUACAGUGGCGGACUGGCGGCGGACGAUCCCACGACGGACUCCAGCUGGAGUUCCGGGCCACCCGGUGGUCACUGGUGGUGCCUUCCGUGGCCGAGCUGCGGGACCUCGGCCUCGCUCUUUGGCACAUCCUUCAGGAUCUCGACUCGGACUUCCUCGAGAAGUACACCAUCCUCAAGCGCCGAACCCAGCAAGAGGUAGUGCACAGCGAUGAACUGGAGGCGGUGACGAAGCUGCUGCACUUUCCGGAGGAGGUGGCGCUCAUGCUCACGGAGACGGAGCUGCGGCUCUUCAACCACGUGCCCCCGAUCGACUACCUCCGCCAGGUCACCCUCAGCCUCGGCCACCAGUUCAACACCGUCAACCAGACCUCCGUCCGCUCCCUCGUCAACCGAUUCAACGAGGUGAGCUCAUGGGUGACACACCUUAUCAUCACACAACCAACCCACGAGGACCGGAAGGCCGUAUUGUCGUGUAUAAUGAGGGUAGCUUUAACCUGCUGGAACACUGGCAACUUCAAUACGGCCAUGGAAAUCGUCGCUGGCCUCAAAUCGGACAAACUGAGGCCGUUCUGGUUGUCGGUGAGUGACAAGGGAUCGCCGCCAGUUCUAGAGUUCCUAUCAACAAGCUUGCUCUCGGUGGAGUAUGAGCGCGCCCUAAACCGGGCGUUGGCCAUCCCUGAAUGCAAAGUCAUCCCUUAUUUCGGGGCUUUCCUCAAAGAACUGCGAGAGGCCCUCGCCUCCACACCCAGUCUCAUCGCCUUGGCACCCGACGGAGAUCAGACACGGCUAGAGUUUAUCUCCGAUUAUAACGGCGAAGACCACUUCUUUUCUCGUAUCGGUCCAGGCGGCCUCAUCAAUCUGGACAAAGUGUACAAAAUCCAAGCCACCAUGGACCGAAUCGCAGCCUUUCAUCAGCACUUUCACGACAGUGAGUUGGAGCGAAGCGGGAGACCUCUCAAAAGUGAUACACUGCCACAUGGGAUUGAAGAUCCAAUGGCGGAAACGGACAACUAUUGGCCAGUUCAGCCACUAAACAAUGAUCACGGAGUCAGUUUCAUCCCUACCAUCACUUUAAAUCACCAUGUUCUGCAGAUCCUCCACCAUGGAACAACAAUGGUUCACUGGGAGUCUGAGGGAAGCCGGAGUGCUCUGGUGUAUGUCCGUGUGGAAAGGAGUUGCGUGACAUUAACUUGGAAUAAGCCAGCAUGGAGCGGAUUUAAAACUGGAACAAACUCAGAGUUUUCGUUGUUUGUAAAUCCAGAGGAAAUGGUGUCGCCUGGACUUGCAUGUAAAUGGGCUGGAGAUAUUGUCAGUUUAGGCCUCGAAGAAGGUUUUCUUGAUCUCUCUUCUGUAAAAGAGAUAAGUUAUGGCGGCCGAGAAAGGGACCGCGACCCAGACCUGGCCUCAGCUUUGAAACGAUUCGGACUAGAGAAGUACACUAACCUUGAAUGCUGCCUGACACUAGUCUAUGGCACAAACCUGAGUGAUAACAGAGUUUUGUUCCUACUUUUACCUCCUCGACUCUGCAGGUUGUGGUAUCAUGGACUGUCUUGCAUAGUGCGGUGCAUCAAAGCUCAAUCCAACUACAUUGACCGACGACUAAUCUGGCUCAAAGAACAGUACCUCCAACUUUACUUCGAACGAGCAUGCACAGGACCGUUAACAGCAGAUGCCAUUAAGAUUUUCGGUGGUCGAGACUGGUCUGUAGCUGCAAACAUCGCAAAUGCCUCACCCCAAGAAAGUGGGGGUUUUAAAAGAGGUGCCUCAAUAAAGUUUCGGAAAAAAAGGUCUAUCGGAAACAUUCAAGCUCUUAAGAUGGACUUUGUAAGCAAACCAGCAGAUAUUUGUGAGAUGACAACACAAAGAUGGCCGCACACAACAUCAGGUGCUCUCUCAUUAUCAAGAUCUCAUUCAAUUGGCAGCGACACAGACACAUACACAUCAAACGACCCACAAGAUAAAGUCAGCCCCUCUCACCCUCAGAAGGACAAAACAAAAACAGAUUUUGCUCGACAAAUGAAACAUUUCCAUCACGGCUCUAUCACUCAUGAAUCUCAGCUUAAAUUCACAGAUUUUGUGACGCUCUUUCAAUCUUUCAGUGUCCAGACGCGAAAGGACAUCAGAGACCUGUUCGAGCAACUUGCAGUCUCUUGCAGGAGUUUAUCAGAUAGCUCUUUAAAUAAUAAUUCCGCAGCGAUGGAACCAGUGAAUAACAAGCUUCAGAAGAUUGGUCUCCUGACAAGAAACAGCUCUGUCGAUUUGAUGGAGUACCGCAACACCUCGACCCUCCGAAGGAAGCAGAUUUUCGAUGCUAUUGCCGCAUCCAGUAUUGUCCUAAAUUGUGCUGGUGUGGAUACAUCAAAAUCUCAAGUUAUCACGCUCAACAACUUUACGAAAUUUCUGGAAACCCAGCAAAUGGAGCAACGCUCUGAGGCGGAAAUUAGAGAGAUCAUUCAGAGGCAUGAACCAGACGCUGGCCUGCGCUCUCAAAAUUGUCUCUCGUUUGAAGGCUUUGCUCGCUAUCUAAUGGACAAGGAGAACUAUGCAUUUGCUAGUGAGAAAAUCUAUCCCGAUGAUGGAGAAAUGGACAUGCCUUUAUCGAGAUAUUUCAUUGCUUCUUCCCACAACACAUACCUCACUGGACACCAGCUCAAAGGAGAGUCCUCUGUUGAUCUGUAUAGUCAGGUACUUUUAACAGGUUGCAGAUGUGUUGAGCUGGAUUGUUACGAUGGCGAUGAUGGUUCUCCGAUUAUCUACCACGGCCAUACAUUCACCACCAAAAUACCAUUUAGGUCUGUUGUUGAAGCAAUCAACCGUAGCGCUUUCAUUACCUCACCGUACCCUGUGAUAUUAUCAAUUGAAAAUCACUGUUCUCUUCAGCAGCAAACCCGAAUGGCUAAUAUCUUCCAGAACGUCUUCGGGGAAAAACUAGUGACAAAGUUCAUCUUUGAGGCUGACUUCAGUGAUGAGCCACAGCUUCCAUCACCAGCGCAGCUCCAGUAUCGCAUUUUGAUCAAGAACAAAAAGCUCAUAUCAGAGGUCGGCACCUGGCCCAUCAUGCGAGCGUCCCGCGUCAAAGGCCGGCCGCAUCACCUUCCCGGAGCAGGGCGGGCCAACUCGAUGAUCUCCAAUGCCAGCGGGUCUGUCAAUGAUGACUACAGUGAUGAUGACGACGAUGAUGAUGAUGAUGACGAUGACGAUGAUGAUGACGAUGAUGAUGAUGACGACGAUGAUGAUACUCUAGAUACCGUGCCAGUCCGAGCAGAUUCAAUAUCAAGCCAUGAUAGUGCACCCUCGAAACUUAUAACAAAAUCUUCAAAUACUCAACUCUCUGAUUUGGAGGCAGAAUCAGCCUUGAAAAACAAGAAGAAAAGAAGCCAAAUCGCCAAAGAACUCUCUGAUAUUGUCAACUACAUCCAAGCAAUCAAAUUUCGAGGACUGAAUCACAUAAGCCCUAACACUUCCAUGCGUGUCAAACGAACUCCUGGUCUCAAGAAAAGUAGCCCGGAGCCUUACGCCCAUGUCAAACAACGUGUCAACACACAUCAUCCUAUCUACCAGUGUUUUUCUCUCAAUGAAAGCUCAGCAAAGAAACUCUGCCGGAAACAACCACACGCCCUCCUCGCCCACACAGAAACUCAGCUUGUGCGAACCUACCCCGCUGGAAUGCGCAUCGAUUCCUCCAAUUUCAACCCGCUCAUUUUCUGGGCUUUUGGUAUCCAGAUGGUGGCACUCAACUACCAAACAGAGGACGCGUCUCUCCACCUCAACAGCGCCAUGUUCGAGCAAAAUGGACGUUGCGGCUACGUUCCGAAACCAGCUGUGAUGUGGGAUCGCUCGCACAUGAUGUACCGGCGCUUUAAUCCAUGGGAAAAGGAGUUCGAUGGGCUUCAUGCUUGUUACUUGAUUUUAAAUAUAAUAUCGGGCCAAUACGUCUGUCCAUCCAACCUCACAGCAAACGUAUUGGUUGAAAUUGAAAUAAUCGGGAUAGAGGUUGACUGCAGCAAGCAGAAAACUAAAGUUAUCCAGCGCAAUGCAUUGAACCCCAUCUGGAAUGAUUCGUUUUUUUUCCAGAUCAACUUCCGUGACUUAGCUUUUUUAAAACUCAGUGUGUUGGAUGCUAGUACCAACCACUUGUUGUCUCAAAGAAUAGUACCGAUCAAACAUUUGCGACCGGGGUAUCGUCAUGUACGUUUGCGCAACAAUCAAAACAACCCUCUCCCUGUAUCAACACUUUUUGUGUUUUCACGAUUGGAGGAAGAGAGUCUGGAAGGCGUUGAUGGUAGUAUGACUAUUUCAGAUGAUAAGUCUCGUGACAAACAAGAACCGCAACAUGAUGUACGACCACUGGGUACAAAACGGCGCAUGUUCUUCCUGAUGGUUUAUGGAGUUGUACCUGAGGAGCCGUAUACGAUUUUAAAAAUUACUCAAGAGUCAACUACGCAAGAGGUGGUACUGCAGGCGCUCCAGAAAACUGGCCAAGGUGCAGAACGUGUGAAUGAUUAUGUCUUAGUUGAGGAAGUUGCACGUAGCUGGGAGCGUAAAGACCGCGAUGUACCUACUGCUCAAAGAGUUCUUGACCCAGAAGAGUGUCCCCUUCAAGCGCAGGGUCAGUGGCAAGGUGAAGGACGUUUCAUCUUGAAAAAGCUCGGAGACGAUCCGAGUAGCCGGGCUUGGUUGUCUUCUAUCCGCAGCACUCGUGCUCGUCAAGCCAGAACCUGGGAAGAGGCUGAUAAUUUCCUUGUGUGCGUCUAUAAUGUAUCACCAGAAAUCCCAUAUGCAAUUCUCAAAGCUCCCCUAAGUGCAUGUGCACAAGAUGUUCUCGCGCAGGCGUUGGUGAAAGCUCGCCGAAUGGAAAACCCAAACAAGUUCAUUCUAGUAGAAGAGCUGGAAUGGGGUGGGAAUAGGCAGUACCGCGUUUUACCUGAUGAUGAAAAUGUGUACAAAACUCAGUCUCAUUGGCAGACAAUCGGACGAUUCAUGCUGCGGGAACGCCAAGAAAUCGGGCGCAGGCAGAAACUGAAUAAAGAUUGGAUCAAACUCCCGGUGAGUGAGGCGCUGAGUGACCCGACAACCAAACCAAGGCUGGCCACAGUUGGUUUUCACCGUGAUGUCCAUUCAGAAGGUGAAACUCUGAGUGAUGAUGACAGGACGGCUGUGUCUAGGCUGAAAAAGAUAUCACUAAAAAAAUUGAAGAUGUGGAAGUCGUGAUACCUCACUUAUAAAAUUUCUUGGAUAUUGGCUUCUCACUUUAAGGUCCUUUUGAAUCAAUCAUUGUUCUUAAUAGUAUUACAUUGUUGAAAUAUUUUGGUGUCUAGGCAUCUGUGAGGAAUUCUUCUUGAGUGAUAUCCUUAAAUCGGCCCCUAAUGUCCUUGGACCUGAUCAAUGGAUCCUGAUUAAUAUGAUAUCUCUGAAAAUUUUACUUUCAUGAAGAAUUCAUUUUUGUUUGAAAAGAAUCCUCUAAAAUUGUAAGAUCAUGAAUUUUGUCCUCUAUUGGAGCAAUUUAUUUUUGAAUGCCAUAUCUUCAUGCCCAUUCGUUGGAUUUUUCCAGCAAGUAAGUCAACAGUAGAGUUUGAUGAAUAUCAUUAUAGAAAAACCCACCUAAAAAAUUACUAUCUGUAAAACAAUGUUAUUGAUUCAUGAUUGGAAACGGUCAGUAUGGCUGAAAUGUGUUCUCUUUUUUUUCCCAUCUCCGAAAAUAACUGAACAUGAAAAUUACAGGGAUCUGCCAACAAAAAUAAUAAGAUUAUGUACGUCAGAUUCAAAAGAGAGAUCCAUAAAUUUGUAAUUCCUAACAAUGGAAUUCCAAAAUAAUUCAAAUUUGUGAAAAUGCUCUCGUGAUUUUUUGCUCUGAAAUGCAGAUGUUAGCUCAACAAUCAAAUCUGUUGCUCUCAAACAGAGAGGGCUGAAAAAAUAUUCAUACGUAAUACCUUUUCAUUUUAAGAAGAGCUGUGAAAGGCAUAUUAAACUUACUUUCAGCUUUAGCCCUGUGCCCUAAUAUCUUUCACCUACAACAUGGGUUGUGUUUCGUCCUGCGUCCAGCAGGCAGUUAAAUUAAUCGUUACCUACUUUUUUACCUGCAAUAUUAAAAAUUCUAAUCGCUGAUCACCUGUGUUUUGUUUUAAUUUGACUUAAACUGUUUUCCCCCUUCAACCAUUUGGUUCUAAUUGUAAAUAUUGCAUCUGCACAGUGGAAAUAUCCUAGGUACCUGAGUACCUUAACUAUUGAUUAUUAAUUGAUUAAUUGUAGUUAAUUAAUUUUGUAUAUGUCAGUUUCUUAUUACUUUUCUCGUUUUGUUGUCUGUUUAAUUUUCUACACUAUUGUGAUGCAUCCUUCUUGUAAAUUAAUGAUUUAUUUAUUACUAGCUCUAAGUUUGUAACCGCCUGUCAGGUUAUAUGAGGUUUCCUAGAAUCUGCUCUACAGCUUGACAAUGUCAAGAUAUCCUUUUUUGUUUUUAAUGACGUUUCAUAUCACUUUGCAAAUUCAUAAGUACCUAGAGCUUCCUUUCCGAAACUAGUCAAGAGGAGGUUUUUAGUCGUCUUCUUUACAUAUCUGGCUUGUAAGUCAUGUCUAAGUUUUGACCGAAGUAAAAUCUCUUAUUCACAUUUUGUAAAGCUCAAAAUCAGAGAAAUGUUUGUAUAUAUUUAUUGUAUAAGAGAUUAAUUUUUGCACUAAAGUUAAAUUUUUAUUUUAUCGCUUAGAAUCAAAUACAUUAUAGUAUCGAGUAGAUUUUCAACAGCUGAAACGACCAGUAUGAAUGAUAGUCAAAGCAUACAAUCUAACGUUCCUAAGUGGGAUGAACCAAAUAGUCAUGAAGUCAAGAUACUUCGAAUAUUUACAGUGGGGAUUCCUCCAAGUUGGCAACACUAUUUUUCUGCUGUUUAAAUUAUAAGUGAAACAAUUUAACGUAAAAUCAUCUAUCUGCAUGAAAAAACUAAUGGCAUAUGUAUACUGUUUCUGUAAGGAGCCAUAAAUUAAGCCAUAAGUCAUAAGCCAUAAGUCUGGACGCACGCCCAAUGGCACACCUUCUUCGUUUUUCUUGAGACUUGGAUCUUGGCGCUUAGGCCCUUUAGAAAAGUAUCCGUUCAAUUGGUUUCUACCACAAGAAAUGUAUCGCAUUUAAACUUUCUGCUGCUUGUCAGCAAUAAGAUCCUAAAACUCGUCCAUGGGAAUGACUGCCCAAUGUGGAUUAGUCUAGCCUGAAAUCCAUAUUUUUAAUGAAUUCAAAUGAUGGUUCAAAAGUAUUGCCAAGUCGGAGGAAUCGCCACUGGGUGAUUGAAUGUUACAGAUUUGGCGUAAACUCGUACUGAGAAUCAUUCAUAAGCCAACUUCCUUUCAGAAAAAGAACCUCGUAUAACUGGAUGCAGUAAUAUCAUGUGACAUGUGUUAUUUUUACACUUUUGAAAAGUAUCAUUUAGUAUUAAGACUCCUUUCUAUAGGUUGUACAUUUUUCCAGAAUCAUUUCGCUUUUGUUGGGGAGUAAGUAAGAGAUCUGUUUUCAUAAUCUAAUCCAGUAACCCAGCCACUAUCGGGACUCACUCCAUUAAAAUGGGCCCAUUUAAUGGGCCCGUUUUAAAACCCAGGUUUUAAAACGCAGGAGUACGAAAAAGAAAAUAAAAAACUUCUUGGCAAACUCGAGUAUUGGGCUAAAAUGAAAUUUGAUUUUAGUUCACAUGUUUUCCUGGCUCCUUAAUAAAAAAAAUAAAUUAAAUCCACUCUGCUCAUCCUCCAGUUUGUUUGUCAGUGUUAAUAAGGCAGUGACAAGGAAUUUUUGCAAGGUUGUAGCACAGUUUUUCUCUGGUAAAAUUUUGUGAAAAAACCAAAAAAUUCAUCCAAAAGUUCACAAAAUUAUUUUUGGUGGAGACAGAGCCAAUGAGAUCCGAUCAAUCUAUAGCUGACAGAUGAGUUGACGUAGUAAGGCGAUACAAACGAGUUCUACCAAUCAAUACACUUAGUUUUCUCGGUCUGACUGUGUCAUCCUAGCCCGCCAAAAAUAACGUUUCAAACCGGUUCAAUUUUUGGUAUCUUAAAAAUGUGGUUUCUUCGCCAUUUAGGACUAAACAAUUUCUAAAGAAUUCCACUAAGCCUAGUCCACUGUGCACUUCUAGAAAAUGUCUUUAAAAUAUGCAUACCUAUGACCCGUUUUUUAAAUGUUCUGAAACUGUUUUCUCUGUUGUUAGUAACUGUUUGCAAUUUUCAAACUUUCCUCUGGAAUGAUACCAGCAUUAUGUGGCUGUGCAAAGUAAGAACAAGAGCUACCAAUUAAAUGAGUUCCAAUAUCAUCAUUACUCUCUGAAUUUUAAGAUAAGAAAACACUUAUAUCGCACUGUUGCUCGUUUUAAGUGAAAGCGCUGUCACAAUUGAAAUGAGGUUUUAGGUAUACAUACAGUGUACUUGGAACCCAUAUAGUCUGCAACUGGAAUACGAUUUUGCAAUAAAUUGUGAGGUUUUUCCUGCAUUUUACUGGAAUUUGGAUUAUCUCGAAUCAUUUUUGGUUAAUUUCUUUUUGUUUUUGUUAUCAAUUUAUUGUUGAGCGGUGUGAGUCAACGAUCGGAGAUGAAUGCUUUUUGAUUAUGACUUAGAAUGACCAAUCACUUUACUAUUUUCCAUGGUUAUUUUCUCGUUGAUUGUUCUUAUAAUGAAACCUGUACAGCAAUUAUUCCUGUGAAUUCUUUUCUCAAGUUACCCAAGAUUUUGCCUGUUACCUAAUCAUUAAAAUUUUGAAACACUCUGUACCAAUUGAGACCUGAAGCUUACUGAAUUCCUAUCAAAGCACAAAUUCAUUAUUUGAAUUUUAUUUUUAUCCUCGGGAUAAAUAUUUCCCUUACGUGUUCGUAAAUGCCUUUCAGUGGUGUCUUGAGAAAUCCUGCUGCUAUUUAAAAAACUAUUAUAUUUCACCCUCAGCUAUGUUUUACAAUUUUCUUCCAUAUUUCAUUUCUCUUGGGGAUUAAUAUCAUCUAGCAUUAUUAAAAAGGACUGUUCCUAGGCAAGGUGAUUUGGAUGUCGAAUGAGUCAAAAUCGAGUAAUAUAUUAGUGAUAUUGAACAGGAGAAUAACUGACGCUAUUGUAGACUGUAUUCAUAGUCAUCCCUUUAAUAGCUCCUUUCCAUAGGAGGCCUCAUUCGGUUUAUAUUGUAAUUAAGGAGGGUUCAAGGCAGCUUUUAUCAGAGAUCAUAAAAGAUACAUUUUUUACAAAUCUGGAGUAGCAUUUGAGAGUGAAAAUUCAAUAGGGCCAUUGCAAGAGAUAACAAUGAUUUGCCAGCGCAAAAAAUAAAUAAUUCAAAAGAAAAAAUUCUACGAUUUUGACAAACUGUAAGAUACAUACGAACCUACCUUCAAAGUUUCAAAACUGGGGUUUUUUUCCUUUGCAUUUUUAAUUUUGUACAGAAGCACAUCAUUGUCAUCUCUUGUAAUGGUCUAUUUCCGAAGUUAUAUUCUUAGAUUUUACUUGGGAUUUGUUAACAUUGUACUUUUUAAGAUGUUGCUUUAAACCUCCCUCGAUCACGAUGUAAACUAUAUGGGGCUUUCUCAGGAAAGAAGCUAUGUUAGGGACGACAAUGAAUACGGCUCACACUAGCACAAAACGAGGACCAAAACUUUUAAAUUGUUUUCACGUUUGCAAAUUUAAAAGAAAAAAGUUGUUUUGAGAAGAAGUAAAUGAACAAAACAACUGUCGCUUAUCUCUGAAAA